GGUUUUCAAGCGUCGCACACGACAUUGCUCGGAAUAUAAACAUGGCUGUGUGUAGCGUGUAACAUGUCAAGGAAAAAGUCGAAGUUGUACUAGCAUUGUAAGAGGUGUAGGCAUAACUCAUAAUGAUGAGUUCAGAAAAAUGCGUUUUAUUUACACUGUUUAUUCAGUUCAGUUAGCGUCAAACUUCUUAGUUCAAUAUUGAAAAAGCAUUAUAAAUACAGGCUACCAGUGUCCUGUUUCUUGGUCUGCAUGGUAACGUGAUACCAAAACAGGUACCAACCAGCAGAGAGAUGUUUAACAUACACUAGGCGUAGUGUAAAUAUUUUACGGUUUUAUUUUUUAUUCCUAUGCAUAGGAUAUACUGUUAUAUUGAUAGAUACGCGGGGCACAUUAUUAGUGGAGCAUGGGACGCUUCGGAGAAAACCUCAACUUCCGACCUUUGUCAUCUGGGCAAACGCUGGUCAAGCGCGAUUCUUACCAGAUACUUGACAUUGAGAUUGACAGGGGCAUUGAAACAUGUGGGACAAACUUUUGUGAUGCUCACGAGAAGGAAAUACCGCUGUUCAAAUAUAGUGAAAUACCAGACUUCUUGCAAGGAAAUCCAUAUGUAGUCAAGGGUUAUAGAGUGUUUCUGCCGUUUAGCUUGUGCUUAAAAAGUUUAUUUGUCUGGAACAAUGAGACAAUCAACAUCUGGUCUCACCUGGUGGGUUUCAUCGCAUUCUUCUUCCUGAUGUUUUAUGACAAUAUUAUUGUGCUACCCAUACUUAAAUCAUCUUACACUGACCACGUUAUUGUCACACUGGGGCUCUUCUGUUACCAGUUUUGUAUGUUGUGUUCGACGGGUUUCCACAUGUUUGCAUGCCAUUCAGAAAGAGCGAGUAAGCGAUGGCUGGCAAUAGACCUGACAGGAAUCUCUAUAGGAGUCAUCGGCUGUUAUCUACCAGCUGUUCAUUACGCUUUCUACUGUCUCUCGAUUUGGCGUGACAUCUAUUUAUUCAUCAUCACCUGUUUGUCAAUAUCAACCUUCUUCAUGAUGCAGAACCCCAGAUAUUUCUCAAAUGAGUGGAGUAAUAAACGUAUAAUGGUGUAUGUAGGACUAGGAGCCUAUGGAGUUCUACCAACAAUCCACUGGAUAUAUCUAAACGGGGGCAUAUCAGCUGAUAUAGUACAGUUAUUCGUGCCAAAGAUAGUAGUAAUGUAUAGCCUUGGAGUGAUGGCAUUAGGGUUUUAUCUCACCAAAUUCCCAGAACGCUUUGUUCCCGGUCUGUUUGACUUUGUAGGCUCUAGCCACCAGUGGUGGCAUGUUAUAGUGGUUGCAGCCUUCACCUUUUGGCACUAUGCUGGACAGGAUUUAUUGUUGUAUCGAAUCAACCACCCAUGUCAAUAAGGAAGGAUAAAUGAAUGUCGAAUCAACCACCUAUGUCCUAAGGACAGGAUAUAUUGCUGUAUCGAAUCGACCAUCCAUGUCCUCAGGACAGGAUAUAUUGCUGUAUCGAAUCGGCCAUCCAUGUCCUAAGGACAGGAUAUAUUGCUGUAUUGAAUCGACCAUCCAUGUCCUAAGGACAGGAUAUAUUGCUGUAUUGAAUCGACCAUCCAUGUCCUCAGAACAGGAUAUAUUGCUGUAUCGAAUCGACCAUCCAUGUCCUAAGGACCGGAUAAAUGAUUAUAAUGAAUCUGCCACCCUGUCCUGUGUUACAAAGGACAGAAUAUGGUUACAGGAAAAGAGGAUCUCUGUGAACAGUUAUGGUGGUAGAAUUGGGUACAAUGAAGGCAUUUAACUACUGGAUGUAAGAAAUACAAAGUGUGAGCUGUCCUGCUAGUUUUCAGUGAUGUUAUCAUGGGUGACGAUUGAAUCAUGAGAGAAAAAUGCUGCAAAGAGUGUGACAUCAAGUUGACUCUUUUGAGAGGACUAUUUAUUUAUUUUGUACAUUUUAAACAAUAUGAGAGAACAGGUACUAAGUUAUUUUUAGGAUUUACAUUCAUUGAAUUAUUACAUUUUAUUAUCAGUACUCUGGACCAUGUUUAUAGCAUUUAAAGUAUUUUGCAUAAUGAUUUCGAUAUUUGAAAGUUUAAGUAUUUCUUUGUACUUAAAAUUAAUUGUUAUUAGAUUUUGUACUUCAAUAGAUUCAUGGGAUUUUUUUUUCAAAAUCUUUAUUCAUCGUGCCAAUUAUCGUAAUUAUGAAUUUAUAAAAAUGAGACAAUGCAAGUAUAAAUAGGCAUUAACUUAUAAUUUGUACUUGUUAUAGGUGUAUGAUAUAAUAAUAAGGGGUCUAUAUAGAUAUCCUUACCUACUAGAUCAGGUUUAUGAUAUAAUAAGGGGUCUAUAUAGAUAUCCUUACCUACUAGAUCAGGUUUAUGACAUAAUAAGGGGUCUAUAUAGAUAUCACUACUAGAUCAAGUGUAAUAAGAGAUUUGUUCAUUGAUGUCCUCAACAACUUCCAACACAACACCCAAAUUAUAUGAUAUAAGACUCAGGAAAAUAUUCUUCCAUUACUAUCUUCUAUCAAACAGGAGCAUCCAUGUCAUUUCAAAGGCAAACUAGUUUCUUUUUGUGUAUUCCAUUAGUUUUAUUACAUUUUGAUCACAAUUUAGUCACAGUCUUGAAAUGCCUUUUGUUAAUUUAUGUCCCAAGUAGAUGAUCGAUAGUGUUUGACAGAUAUUAUUUAUACUAUGUACAUGUGUAUUCUGUGAUCUUGUUGACACAUACAUUCCUGCUUUGUCCAUUAUAUAAUUGACCUGUUUAUCCUAUGUAAGAUCUACCAAAUUGUCCGGGUUAUUGUUUUACUUCAGCUGAUUGAUAAAUGUAGCAUGAUCAGUUGUUUGUACUAGAACACUGGAAUCAGUGAGGAGGCCAACAUCUGACAAAUUUUAUAUGCAAAGUUUGUUCAUUUAUAUACAUGUAUACCAUAUUCGACCUAAUAAAUGUACCUGCCCUUAUAACUGCACUAUUUUUUCAUGGAAAAAAGGUUGGGUGCACUAUAAUUAAAACAUAAAAAUGUUUCCUACAUCACUGAUCUGCUAAUAUAAGCUUCAAUUUAACCAAAGUUUUCACUACAUAAAGCUGUCUAAAAGAAUUGUUUUUUUCACCCAGAUUUCACAUGGAAAUUAAACUUUUCCCUGUACAUAGUUUUAUUUGGCGCACUCAUUUUGAGUUUUUGUAAGUACACAAUGCGUUUAUUAGGUAGAAUACAGUAUGCUUUAUGGUUCCAAUAACACCACCCCGGUUCCCAUUUUGGGGACAUAACCAAGAUUUGAAAUAGUUUUUUCAUGAUGGGUGUCUUUGACAAAGCAAAAAGAAACUUGGGCUUCCAAAUGACUUGGCCUUAUUCAUGGGUCUCCAUCAAGGACAUGAACAUCUAUAUUUUGUUCUUAUUUUGCCCUUGAUUUAUGAAUUUUGAGGAAGAAUUAUAGUUUCUUUUGUUUUUGUUAUAUUGUUUUGAUUUUAAAAUACUACCCAGUUAUUAAAUUUGAUUUUUUACUUUUUAACUCUCUGGUCCUUUGGGACUCAAAAUAGAAAUUUACAGGGAACAUUAUUAGGUGAUGAGGAUUCUAGAUUGUAGAAAUUGUCAAGGUAAUUUCAAGGACAGGGUAAGGAACAUUGAAAUGAUAAAGACACAAUAAACCUGUACAUAUAGUACAUAUCUCAAAUUUUUUCAUGUCAAAUGACCUUGAAUGGCCUGAGACCUGUUGUUGUUAAGGUACAUUGUAUAUGUACUUCUGAACAGUUUAUCAUUGUCAACUCAAUUUGCUUUGAAGCA